CUGGAGAUCUGCAUUCUUCCUCACUCUCUGCACAGCGCUGAAACUAUGUGCCACUCGCGCAACCAUCUCCACACCAUGACUGCCCUGCGGGCCCCGGCUCCCGCUCCCUCCGCCAGCUCGGAACUCCGGCGGGGCUCCGGUCCCGAGAUUUUCACCUUCGACCCUCUCCCGGAGCCGGCGGUAGCGUCCGCCACGCGUCUGAACACUUCCCGCGGACACCGAAAACGCAGCCGAAGGGUGCUCUACCCUCGAGUGGUCCGGCGCCAGUUGCCAACCGAGGAACCCAACAUUGCCAAGAGGGUCCUCUUUCUCCUGCUCACCAUCGUCUUCUGCCAGAUCUUGAUGGCUGAGGAAGGUGUAUCGCAGACCCUGGCCGCAGAGGAUGCUACCGGUGCCGCGUCACCUGAGCCCGUCUCUGCGCCCAUCACUGCGCCGCCCUUCUUCGAGCCCUUCAAUCUGACCUCCGAGUCCUCGGACUACGCUCUGGACCUCAAAGCUUUUCUUCAGCAACACCCAGCAGCCUUCUAAAUGCGACCGGUCACACUCAGUCCGAGAAAAAGAAAGAGGCACCAGCCGUACCUGGUGCGCCAGAGCGUAUCCCAAACUGGGACUUAUAAGGGCAACGCCAGCUCAGAACACUACAGCCAAGAUGCCAGUGCUUGGGGAGCCCGAGGCACCGUGCGUCCCGGCUAGGCCUACUGGAGAAGGACAGAGGCCUUCCCAGUGUUCUAAUGAAUAUUUAUGUAUUUAUGUAUAUCCUCCUAGGUGAAGGAGGGGGUGUAUGUAAUAUUUAUUCUAAUUUAUGCAGGGGUGCGAGAUAUGCCCCCUUGCUGUAACACAGUUGUCUGGAUUAUUUAUUAAUGAGUUAUAGGGUCGGGGAGACAGAGUGGCGGGAGGGAGCAACUGGGAGUUAGACUUGGUGGUAGUUCGUAGGUUUAGGGUAACACUCCGUCUUCCAGCACCCCAACUCUGUAGUCUGUUGUAAGGCUUUCGGCAGACCCUUGGGAAUCCGGUCUGUGGCCUUUGAUAUCUCCCUGGUUGCUUCUCAGGGGCGGCUGCGGGAGUCUUGGGUCCAUGGGUCAGAGGGCGGAUGUCGGGGGUCGCCUAGUAUGUUCUGUGAACACGAAUAAACUUGAUUGCCGGUUAUUAUUA